UCAGGAUGUGUGUGAGUGGGAAUUUGCUAUUUGUGCAGACACUCGUGUGCGUCUCCUCUGCCUUGGGGUUCUUGGGCCUAAUGGCUCUCUGAUCUUCUCCUUUUUUUUUUUCCAGCAAGAUUCAAUGAACAGAUAUGGGGCCCUCAGUUCCCAGCACAAGAUCCUGAAGAACCAGCAUGAAGAUGUCAAGAAGCAGCUGCUUGACCUGCAGCUACAGCACAACAGUUUGAAACUAGAACAUCGUAAAACAGUGGAGACCCACAACCAGAAAUAUGCCCAGCUGCAGCAGGAGAAGGACAGCGAAGUCACAAACUUGCAGGAUACAGUCUUCAAACUCAGAGAAGAGAGCAAGCUUCUCCGGAAGGCCCACCAGGAAGUUCACUCGCAGCUCCUUAGCUCCCAGGCCCAGCUGGAGGAGUUCAGGCAGUUCAAGGAAGUGCUGCAGAAGAUGCCAAGCUUCAAAGAAGUAGGAGCUGGGAAGGAGCAGGAGCAGAAGGAGCAGCCUCCAGUACCGGGCAACAGCCCAUCACAGCUUGGGUGGCAGAAGGCUUUUUUGGUCCAUCAGGAGAACCUCCGCGCUGGGAGCCUGCAGGGAGCUCAUGUCCCGGGGCCUUUGCCGCAGGGCCAGGACUUGCCCGGCAGCGCGAGCCCGAGGCCGCGGCGUGACGGGCUCCUCACCCAGGCAGCCCCCGUGCGAGACGCGCGCGCGGCUGCGCCCGCCUGGCCGCCGCGGCCCAGGGAUGCCCCCGUGAUCCGCUUCACCCGCACCGUGAACAGCCUUCCCAACGGGAAUCCGGAUGUCAGGAUGGUGCUGCGUGUCCAGGGGAGAAGCAGCAAGGAAAGCAAGGCGCCUGGACUGGGACUGUCUGACCUGAAACACCCGUCUGCAUCGGAAAAGACUCGGGUGUCAGAGAGCCAGCCCUUGGCAGGGAGCAAACGGGUGCAAGUGCGAAGUUGGCAAGACGUAGUGAACAAAGUGAAUGCCCAGCUGGAUGAAGAACAAGUAAAUGGUUACCAAAAGAGCCUUCGUUUCGCCCCUGGGCCUGGGGAAGAGAUGCAGAAGGGCAGCCCCCAGCUGCCCAGCUGGACUCAGGGUGCAGAGCUUCAAAAAGCUGCUCAGGAAGGCAAGAAGGGAAGGACAGAGGAGGAGCAGGAGCUUGAGAUGGAUGCUGGAAUGAUUGAGAGAGAGGAGAACGUGCAUCCCCAGAAAGAGGCUGUUGGCCAAGAAGCCGUGGUGCCAGAUGAUGCCGCAGACCCUGCCCAGGAUCCCAAUAACCAAGGUGAAGAUGAGUUUGAAGAAGCUGAGCUGGAAAGACCAGAUUUGAAAGAGCAGGAUGCUGGCAGACCUGCGAAGGGAAGGGAAGACCCGAUGGAUGACUACCAAGAAGAUCAGGAACAAGAAAUUGAGGAUCGUGGAGGUGAGGAGGACGACAACGAUGACCUGGAGUUUGUUCAAGAGCGGAAGGACCGUGCGGGCAUCCAGGGAGCUGCUGGCAAGAAGGACAACUACUACUGA